AUGAGCCCCGAGGAAGAUUCGUCCAGCACCAAAACAGCAUGUCCCAGCGGUCCUAUUGCCCAUGUUCUUAUUCUCCCUGACGAUGCCCAGCCCGUGCAUCUCGAGCUCUCGAAUUGGGAUGAGAUAGAUGACUUUCUGACGCGCGACCACGACGAGUACCCUGACCAGCGCAAGAUGUUUAUCCUGAAUGGGCUGCAUGCCAGAUUGGCGUUUGAGCUGGCUGUGCGGAUGGACGUGGACCCUGGUUUCUUUGACUGUCACAUCUAUCGGACGAGGUAUAUACCUCCCCGGGGGAAGGAGGAACAUCAACGCACCCAGGGUCAGGGUCAGAGUAAAAACGCAAAAGCAGGCACCAAGGAGAAGAUGGCUUUUUUUCAGAUUGAUUUCCCGCAGGUGCAGGAGCUGUGUAUCCCAGAGGCGAUGCCUGCGUCGAGGUCUUCGGAGAUUACGUUACCGGAGAGUAGGUGGAUGGCGGACGAGAACAUGCUGUGCGUGUCGCCGGAUUCGCGAAAGGCGUAUGUCCUUGAUGGGACGUUGUACCGCUGGGAUGGGAUGCUGGUCGGCACGUUUGGAUACUGGCGGCGGAUGUCGUGGUGGAGUAGUGAGCGGGAAAAGACGUCCGUCAUGAUCAUCGAUGGUCCGCUGGAGGCACUCCUCCCACCGCACAUCUCACCUGCUACCAUCGGAAAGCAAGCAUUCAGAAACAACGUCAAGCGCCUUACCGGCACGACCACCGACGCCCUGGACAACUUGUACUCCCGAUGGCGAGAACGACGUCGCCCGCAGUCCUUUCUAGAAAAGUUCCUUCAGGACGGAACACCAAGUACAGUCCACGAGGUUGCCACAGAGGUUGCCCUCCAGCAGUGGACGCUGCUCCUCGCAGCCGUACAAAUGGACAGAGGACCGAACCAGGCGAGUCCCAUCCUGGAAAUCAUAUCCCAGCGCAUGGAGAACAACAUCCUCGACUGCACGCGUGUACAGGGUCAAACGCACGUCCACGCCCAAAAAUGGCAAGAGUUGAGCAAACUGCUCCCGUCGAGACGAGACUCGGCGUACUUACAAAUGGUGACGGCGUUCCACGACAAACUCCAGCGUAUAGAGCGGAAACUACCACCCCCCACGCCCGGCAGCCAGAACGACAGACUGGCGCUGGCAGUGAAAGAGGAUAGGAGGGCGCUGAACCGCCUGUCCUACAUGGGGGGUGUGCUGCUGCCGUUUUCGAUUGUAGCAGGUGUGUUUUCCAUGGCGGGCGAGUUCACCGCCGGAGGGAGCCUGUUCUUCGUAUACUGGGUGCUCGUUGUGCCGGGCGUGGUGGCGGCCUUGCUGGCCGUGUAUGCGGAUACCGUGCGCCUGAGGCGGGUGAACAAGGCGGUCAGGGAGGGGAGGAAGAUGCCUGCGUGGGUGGGACGCCUGCUGAGGAGGUAUAGGAGCGAUGGUGAUGAGGAGGCGUCGGAGACGAGUUCUGCGUCGGAGGAGAGUGCGGCGGCUGCGCCGGCGAGACAGACUGCGGGUGAGGUUGUGCCGGUGAGGCAGGGCUUCUUCCCGGCCGUGGCAGGGAGACGGUUGCCGAUGGGGGUUGUUGCACCAAGGGGGAUGCCGCGGAGGAUGAGUGUGCCGUGGCCGACUGGCGUUUUGGUGGAUGAGGCGAGGAAUGAGGACACGGAGGAGUUGGGGUGGUGGAGGGCGUUGAGGACCUUGGUUGGGUAUGAGCCUGAUUGGGCGAAUGCUCGUGAGGAUGGGCGGUGA